CGUCAACAUUGCUUCGUGCAUCUUCACCAAACCCAAACCCCCAAGUUUUCUCCAUCUCUCCGUCAACGACUCUCUUUCUCUUUCUCACCCAUACUCGUUUUGGCUAGUCUCCGAUUCCUCCACGUUCCUUCUUCUAUGUAAAGUGACUAGGACUUGCCUGAGUAUGCGACAACGGCGUUCUUUUUGAUGUAGUUCAAUGUAACUGUGGUGUUGCGAUGGCUGGUGUUGACGUAAUGUGUAUGAUGUAUGAUUCAAUUUUAAGAGGCUUGUCCUCCAGGUAUGGCUAGUGGUUUUGGGGAUUCAGCGAGCAGGCCAUCACAAUCACAACAAGGGCCUUCUUUCCCCAGCAAUAACAAUAGUAAUGGGGAUGCUGGUGAUUUUGAAUGCAAUAUCUGCUUUGAUUUAGCCCAAGACCCGAUUGUUACCCUUUGUGGCCAUCUUUUCUGCUGGCCGUGCCUUUACAAAUGGCUCCACAUUCACUCCCAUGCUCAGGAAUGCCCUGUUUGCAAAGCCCUCGUGAAGGAGGAGAAUUUGGUCCCCUUGUAUGGUAGGGGAAAGACAUCUACUGACCCAAGAUCAAAGUCCAUUCCUGGAGUUGAUAUUCCAAAUCGUCCAGCAGGGCAAAGACCUGAAACAGCUCCUCCACCAGAACAGAAUCAUUUCGCCCAACGUGGGUUUGGAUUCAUGGGAGGCUUGGGAGGUUUGGGAGGGUAUGCUCCACCAAUGGCAACCACAACAAGGUUUGGGAAUUUCACAUUCUCUGCAGCUUUUGGUGGCCUUUUCCCGUCGUUGUUAAAUUUUCAGAUGCAUGGGUUUCCUGAUGCUCCCUUGUAUGGUGCAACUGCUGGAUUUCCGCAUGGGUUUCAAAAUACAUUUCAUGGCCCCCAUGGACAUAGAUACAAUUUCCGUCCAGGUCCUCGUGUAGGUCGCCCAGCUAUGGUUCAAGAUUAUUACCUGAAGAUGUUGAUUAUGUUUGUUGUAGCUUGUGCUCUUAUGGCUCUUUUGUGGCAAUAGACUGAAUAUGCUGUCCAUUUUAAACCACACAUUUAUAGUGUUUGUAUAUUUGCUAGUUUAUAUCUAUUGUUUUUGACAAUGGGGGAAUUGUUCAUGUUUUACCAUUUCCUGUUAUGUCGUAGUUUGUCGUUUGUAUGUCUCAUUGGUAUGUCGAUUUUGGCUUACAUCGUAUUUUCCAGAUA